AUGCCGUACUUCUGCGAGAACCCCUUCGCCACCAGUCGCGCCUUGAACCGCUCGAUCUCUCCAGACUGGUUCUCCUUCAACACGCGACCGCUCUCGAUCUCCUCGAACCGAUACGCCUUCUCGUGCUCCGAGUACCCGAGGAAACGACAGCGCACCGACCGAGCGUCGAACUUCGACCGCUUCUCCUUCGGCACGUGCACGUACGCGUGGCACCCGAACACCUUGAGGUUGGCCAGCAAAGGCUUCUUGCCGGUCCAAACGUGGUGCGGCGACUUGUCGAACGUGGCCGUCAUCACCGCUUCUCCCCAGUACUCCUUCGACAACCCGGCGUGCUCCAGCAUGCAGCGCGCACACUCCACCAGCGUCCGAUUCAUUCGCUCGGCCACUCCGUUGAGCUGA